AUUGCACCCCACCUUCACAUCUUAGCAGAGGCAUUAUUUGGGCAUAUCUUCUUCACAAAUGAAGCCAAUCAGUUUCCUUUUCAUUCUCCUUCUCCUUCUAUUUCUCCUCCAGGCUUUAUCAGAGGCUUCUCCCUCUUACAGUACUGUGAAUAAAGGGAGUAACAGGGUAGCUGUGGACAAAAAACAUCAGCAAAGUCCAAAAAUAAAUUGCAAGUAUGCGUGCUCAAGGCGAUGCAUGAAGGCGUCGAGAAAGAAAAUAUGUAUGCGCGCGUGUGGAAGUUGCUGCAGCCGAUGCCACUGCGUCCCGCCCGGCACGUACGGCAACCACCAGCUCUGCCCUUGCUAUGCUCGCCUCAAGACACACGCCAACAAGCCCAAGUGCCCCUAAAUUAAAUACACACUCCAAUUUCACAUAAUACUAUGGAUCCACUGUGGACUCAUUCUGCACUAUUUUCAUUUAUGUUAAAUACUGUUAAAAAUUCAGUUACUGUUGUGAUCCAAUUGGUACCCAUUUUAGUAUUAUAGGGUAUUGACGCAGUAGCAAGAUCCAAAUUCGAGCCCUCCUGUGUUGAGAAAUAAAAAAAGGAGGAGAAUUUGUAUCCAUUUAAAUUUAAGAUGAAAUGUAUGUCAUAUCCUUUACGUAUUAUAAAA